UCCCGAAACACCCCCCUUUUUAUGACGUCAUCCUUUUACUCUAUAUCCGUCGAUGGUCGUAAAUCACAUACUUUGCAGGACUCUGAAACGCAGCAGCUCGACGGUGCGCUACAGAAGUUGAGAUGGACCAACUUCGUCCAACACUCAUCGACUUCCAUGGAGUCUCCAUGAGCAAGUACUUCACCGACAACUGGGACGACAUACAAAACUUUCAAGCCAGACCAGAUGAUGUUGUUAUAGUUACUUAUCCUAAAGCAGGGACCACAUGGGUCUCUCACAUCCUGGACCUGCUGUAUUUUGGGCAGACGAGUCCGGAGCGGCAGAAAACCAUCCCAAUUUAUGAAAGAGUGCCCUUCCUGGAGAUCUUCAUACCCUCUCAUCCAAAAGGGACAGAGCUGGCAGACCAACUCACCACCUCUCCUCGUCUGAUUAAAACUCAUCUGCCAGUCCAGUUUUUACCCAAGUCCUUCUGGGAGCAGAACAGCAGGAUCGUCUGUGUUGUCCGAAAUGCUAAGGACUGUGCAGUGUCCUAUUAUCACUUUCACCGUAUGAACAAUGUCCAGCCAGAACCAGGAGAAUGGAGCACGUUUCUGAAGGAUUACAUGGACGGGAAGGUGGUGUUCGGGUCGUGGUAUGACCAUGUGAACGGCUGGUGGGAGAAGAAAGAGACUUACUCGAAUCUGAACGUGGUCUUCUACGAAGAUCUGGUCGAGGAUUCUGGACGAGAGCUCGACCACCUCUGUUCCUUCCUUGGUUUGUGUCCUUCGCCGGAGGAGAAAGAAAGUGUCCUGACCAAAAUGACCUUUGAAAAUAUGAAGAAAAACAAAAUGGCCAACUAUUCCACUCUCACAGUCAUGGAUCAAAAGGUGUCUCCGUUCAUGAGAAAAGGGAAAGUUGGCGACUGGAAGAACCUCUUCACCGUGGCCCAGAAUGAAGAGUUUGAUAAAGACUACAAGGAAAAGAUGAAGAACUCCACCAUCAAGUUUCGCACUGAGAUUUAGAUUGAGCUGUGCUUAAUUACAAAGAUGCAGUUACCGCAUAUCGCCACUAAAACACACCAAAGCACCAUUCUCAUGACUGAUAGGGUAUACUAGAGUCUGAGCAAGUUAUUUUUUUAUAUCAUUUUAAAUAAUGAGGAAGUUGUCUGAUUUACAUAAAUCUAUCAAAUGUCGUAUAUAAUAUAGUUUUACUGUAUAAUGUUUGCCUAGUGUAUCUGUAGUGCACGUAUGAUCUCAAGAAAACUUUCCAGUGACUCCAAUCAUUCCUACUGUUCACAUUGAUGCGUCAUCAAAAUCAUAUAAUGUCCGAUUUGAAUUUUUUAGUGCCUAUAAUCAUUAAUCACCAUGGUUUAUUCCAGGGUCUGGUAGCUGCAGUGUAAGCUUGUGUGAGUUGAUUGUGAGCACCCAACAGUGCUCACAGUGCCCGAACAUGGGUCGGGAUUCCGAGAACACCCGAUGGGACGCAGUUCUCGGCAUUCCCCGGCCAAUCAAAUGACAAUGUGAAGGCGGUUGUUCAAAAUCAAUCCUCGUGUCCAAUCCUGUAGCAAUAAUUCCAGUAAUGCUAGCCUGUGACUCAUGUAAAUAGCUUAUCCCUGUAAGUAUUUACUGAAUGAGCCUUUAUUCCUGCAAUUAAUUACCCUAAUAAAAUUGCUGUGUUAUGCCAGUUUUACCCGGAAUGUUAAGAGGUGGACAUUUAAAAGUAACGCAAUAGACGUAUCCGGUGAAGUACCGGAAGUCAACAAGCCGCUGCGGUGGUAUCUCCCUCCAGUGUACGCGCGAUUGAAUGGGAUCUGUCAAAAUAAAGUAUACAUUUCUACUUUUA